AUGAGCCUGCUCGAUGGCGACGCCUGCGCCUGGGCCACUCCAUAUUUCACCCAACUGGCAUCAGUACAGAUGGGCGUGCAAGGGGUCAUCACCCCCUUCAGGAACGAAGCGGCCUCCACUGCCGCCUUCAAGACUCGCUUCAGUAAUCUCGACGAUGCGGCGGCAGCACAGGUGGAGCUGGCAAAGCUCUGCGCGGACAAGUCGGUCCGCGAAAAAUGCACCGCUGCAGAGUUUUCCGCGCUGUUCAAGGGUCCGGCGGACCGCUUUGGGUAUGGGGACCUAGAGCUACGUGACAAGUACCUGAGUGGCAUCCCCUCUCGCGUCUACCGGAAGAUCGAGCUCGAGACCUUCAGCACAUGGAGAGACACUGAGAAGCGCACCACCAAGGUCGAGCAGAUCCUCGACAUCAGCCGGGCCCAUCGGCCCAAGCUGAACAACUUCUUCUCGGCACGAGCUUUGGCCAGCAUCAGUGCGGCUGUUGGAAAAGGAAACUUCCCCAGCAGUUGUUUCGGCUGUGGGAAGCAAGGGUACCGACACUUCGAGUGCCCCAAUUGUAAGGACAAACCUUACACAAAACGCACUGACGCACGGGCUACGGUUGCCUUGGGCUCUACCCAGGCCACAACAAGUGCCCCCGUCACUUCAUCCUCGGCAAGUACAAGCACCGCUUCAGCGAAAUCGGAAAGUUCCGAGCUGGCGGACUUGAUAGCACAGAUGAAGUUGAUGUGUGAGGAGCUCGAACACUAUCGGGCGAUAAAAAAGGAGGGUUUUUGA